UCCAGAAUUCUAUCGAAAAAAAAAAUGAGCAAAGACGUACGAAUUGGAGAGCCAGGAGAAUCCACGUCUCGGGGAGGAGGAGAUCGUCUCGGAGUCUUACAUCUCGAAAAAAAUGUGACCAGUCACUUCAAAAGAAAAUCCAAAAAAACGGAAAAAACUAAUUUGACACGUGGAAGACUCACCGAAGACGACAAAAAAGCGUUCAAAUUCGCUGAUAUCGUUCCAAUGAACACAGAUUGGCAGAAAUAUUUCCGCGAACGACUCGGAAAUCACUUUUCAAGUACGAAAAUCGAGAAAACUAUUCUAAAAUCAGAUUAUCAUGGAGCUCUGCUGACAAUUUGGCUUGCCGAGAAUCCCACACAGAUUGGAAUUAGCGGAAUCGUCGUUCUCGAGACACGCCACACAUUUCAAAUGGUCACACAAGAGGAUCGAUUCGUUGUAAUUCCAAAGAAGGGCUCCGUCUUCCGAUUCAUCCUUGGUGAUCGUCUCUUCUCACUGUUCGGCGACGGAAUGCGUACUCGACCGGCGUGGCGCGGCAAAAAGCCACGUAUCAAGCGUCUGCUGCCAACUUUCAUUCGAGGAACUCUUCAGACCGUACCUACCGUCUCCACGAAGGAUUAAUUUGAAUUUCUGAGAAAUUUCCCUGUUUUUUUUCCGUUUUUUGUUGUCUGUUUUUGAAAAGGAAAUAAUAAAAAUUCUGAAUUUGAAAAACUCUGUGAU